GCAUUCUGGUACGCUUUUUUACUUUCCCUGCUUUCUGGCCAGACCCAAACACAGCUCAUCAAAGUAUAUAAACUUAGAAGGAAAGCAAAAACCCUUUACUAAUUUCAGCAGCCUCCGCGGUAGGGUUUUUUCACUUCUCUUCAUCUCCAUCUAUCGAGUGAGACCCUAAAAGAAAGCAAAAACAACUUAAAAAAACGAUGGCACAAUCCCUAGAGUUGUUGUUGAUCCAAUUCUUAAUGCCAGAUAACGAUGCAAGGAGGCAAGCGGAGGAGCAAAUUAAGAGAUUGGCAAAGGAUCCGCAAGUGGUCCCGGCUCUGGUUCAUCACCUCCGCACCGCCAAGACGCCCAACGUCCGCCAGCUCGCCGCUGUCCUCCUCCGUAAGAAGAUCACUGGACACUGGGCUAAGCUUCCUCAUCAGGUUAAGCAACUUGUCAAGCAGUCCCUCAUCGAAAGUAUCACAAUGGAACACAGUGCACCAGUGAGGCGAGCCAGCGCCAAUGUAGUGAGUAUAAUUGCGAAAUACGCGGUUCCAGCUGGAGAGUGGCCUGAUCUUCUUUCGUUUCUGUUUCAAUGUAGUCAGAGUCCGCAGGAGGAUCAUCGAGAAGUGGCAUUGAUCCUUUUCAGCUCUUUGACUGAAACAAUAGGGAGCACUUUUAGACCACAUUUUGCAGAGUUGCAAGCACUUUUACUCAAAUGCUUACAGGAUGAGACAAGCAAUCGUGUCAGAGUUGCUGCUCUUAAGGCAGUGGGGUCGUUUCUUGAAUUCACAAAUGACGGGGCUGAAGUGGUUAAGUUUCGGGAGUUCAUUCCUAGCAUUUUAAAUGUAUCAAGACAAUGCCUUGCUGCUGGUGAGGAGGAUGUUGCUAUUAUUGCAUUUGAAAUUUUUGAUGAACUUAUCGAGUCUCCUGCACCACUUCUUGGGGAUUCUGUUAAAUCCAUUGUACAGUUCUCCCUUGAAGUUAGCUCGAGCCAGAAUUUGGAAUCAAACACUCGCCACCAGGCUAUUCAAAUAAUUUCGUGGCUGGCUAAGUACAAAGCCAAUUCCCUAAAAAAGCAGAAGCUUGUCACACCUAUUCUGCAAGUAAUGUGCCCUUUGCUAGCAGAAUCAUCCAAUGUUGAUGAAGAUGAUGAUCUUGCUCCUGAUCGGGCUGCUGCAGAAGUUAUUGACACAAUGGCCUUGAAUCUCUCAAAGCAUGUCUUUCCCCUUGUUUUUGAGUUUGCUUCUCUAAGCAGUCAGAAUGCAAAUCCUAAGUUUAGGGAGGCUGCUGUCACAGCUUUAGGUGUUGUUUCAGAGGGUUGUGCGGAGUUGAUGAAGGAUAAGUUGGAACCUGUUCUUCAGAUCGUCUUAGGGGCAAUGAGGGACCCAGAGCAAAUGGUUAGAGGGGCUGCCUCGUUCGCAUUGGGCCAAUUUGCAGAACAUUUGCAGCCUGAAAUUAUAUCUCAUUAUGCAAGUGUUCUUCCCUGCAUUCUCAAUGCUCUGGAGGAUGUGUCUGAUGAAGUGAAGGAAAAGUCAUAUUAUGCUUUGGCAGCUUUUUGUGAAGAUAUGGGUGUGGAAAUCCUACCUUUUCUUGACCCCUUAAUGGGAAAGCUACUGGCUGCCCUCCAAAAUAGUUCCCGUAAUUUGCAAGAAACGUGCAUGUCUGCAAUUGGUUCUGUUGCAGCUGCUGCGGAGCAAGCUUUCUUCCCAUAUGCUGAAAGGGUUCUGGAGUUGAUGAAAGUAUUUAUGGUGCUCACCAAUGAUGAGGAUUUGCGUGCUCGGGCUAGAGCUACGGAGCUUGUUGGAAUUGUUGCAAUGUCUGUUGGAAGAACAAGGAUAGAUCCAAUUUUACCUGCUUUCGUAGAAGCUGCAAUUUCUGGUUUUGGAUUAGAAUUCAGUGAGCUUCGGGAGUACACUCAUGGAUUCUUCAGCAAUGUUGCAGAAAUUAUGGAUGACGGCUUUGUGAAGUAUCUUCCUCAUGUUGUACCCCUGGGAUUUUCAUCCUGCAACCUUGAUGAUGGGUCUGCGGUGGACAUUGAUGAGUCUGAUGAUGAGAAUAUUAAUGGUUUUGGUGAAGUUUCAUCGGAUGAUGAAGCUCAUGAUGAACCAAGAGUUAGAAAUAUCAGUAUAAGAACAGGUGUAUUGGACGAAAAGGCAGCUGCAACUCAAGCUCUUGGUUUAUUUGCCCAGCAUACUAAACAUUCUUAUGCUCCCUAUUUGGAGGAAUCACUGAAGAUUUUGGUGAGACAUUCAGGGUAUUUCCAUGAAGAUGUUCGGCUUCAGGCAAUCAUUGCUUUGAAACAUAUUUUGACAGCGGCACAUGCAAUCUUUCAGUGUCAAAAUGAUGGGUCAAUGAAGGCAAAAGAAGUUCUUGAUACGGUGAUGAAUAUCUAUAUCAAGACUAUGACUGAAGAUGAUGACAAGGAAGUUGUUGCCCAUGCUUGUAUGAGCAUAGCUGAUAUAAUUAAGGAUUAUGGGUAUAUGGCUCUAGAGCCUUAUAUGUCACAGCUUGUGGAUGCAACAUUGACAUUGCUUCGAGAGGAAUCAGCUUGUCAGCAAUUGGAGAAUGGGAGUGAUAUUGAUGAUGAUGAUGAUGCUGAACAUGAUGAAAUUCUUAUGGAUGCAGUUUCCGACCUUUUACCUGCAUUUGCUAAGUCAAUGGGUUCUCUCUUUGCUCCUAUAUUUGCAAAACUAUUUGAACCUCUGAUGAAAUUUGCGAGAGCUUCAUGCCCUCCACAAGAUCGAACUAUGGUGGUUGCUUGUCUUGCUGAAGUUGCGCAAGAUAUGGGUGCUCCAAUUGCAAGCUAUAUUGAUAGACUGAUGCCCUUGGUGCUUAAAGAGCUAGCAUCGUCAUCAGCAACAAAUAGAAGGAAUGCUGCAUUUUGUGCCGGAGAGCUGGCCAAAAAUGGGGGAGAGUCAACUUUGAACUUUUUCCACUCAUCAAUAAUAGAUAUUACACUGAUAUACUGCGAGGGCUUUACCCAUUAUUUGGGGAUUCUGAGCCAGAUGAUGCUGUCAGGGAUAAUGCAGCUGGUGCUGUUGCAAGGAUGAUAAUGGUGCACCCACAAUCCAUCCCAUUGAACCAGGUUCUUCCUGUCUUUUUGAGAGUUCUUCCACUAAAAGAAGAUCAUGAGGAGUCCAUGGCUGUUUAUAAUUGUGUCUCUAUGCUUGUUUUAUCGUCCUAUCCCCAGAUACUCUCUCUUGUCCCUGAGUUGGUAAAUAUUUUUGCUCAAGUUCUGGUGUCUCCAGAGGAAACUUCGGAAGUUAAAGCUCAAGUAGGAAGGGCUUUUUCUCACCUAAUUUCACUUUAUGGACAAGAGAUGCAACCCUUACUGAGCAAUCUUCCACCUGCACAUGCUAAUGCCCUUGCUGCAUUUGUCCCGAGCAGCUGAUAUCUGAUCACUUGAGCUCUAAAUGUUUCUUUGACAAAGAAAAAGGUCUAUCCCUAUUUUUCGCUGAGAGAGGUAUUUUUGUCCUACUCCUUCCAGUGCUGCCUCCAUUUUCCGGUUUGGAGAUGCUGCUUGUCCUUUUUCCUUUGACGAGCAUACUUGUGUGUGCAUCUGCAUCGGUGAUUGCAUGCAUGUAAUGUAUAUUGUUUUCUUGAACCAUUUUCUCAUGACAUUAAUUCUUUUUUAAUAAAAAAAAAUUUUGAAUGCUAUGUCAUAUAGUUUGUUUACUUCUUGAGGUUGGGUGAUUAUAGUUGGUUACAAGGUUUUGACGUUCGCAAGUUUGUGCUUUAUGUUGUUGUAUAGGAGAAUGGAGCUUUUAUCACAACAUGUAUGAAGAUACACUUUUUUUUUGGAAGUAUUUAAAUGAAUCGGGUGGUUGAGUCAAUAAUUGGUUACAGAUAA